GGACAGGCUGCUCUCACGAGCGCACUUGGCGCACUUGGCGACCCGGGUUUGUUGUCGUUACCAGGAGAGGAGCCACAGCCGACAGCCUACAGCUCUCAUUGAACCGGGCUGCCCUCUCAGAGGAGAUACUUGCAUGGAUGCACCAUGGCCACGUUUGUCUGCAGGGUUCAGUUUUUAGAUGACACCGAUCCGUUUAACAGCACGAAUUUCCCGGAACCGACCAGACCGCCGCUGUACACCUUCAGGGAGGAUAUCCCACUCAUCAACCAGUUAGCGGGCAUCCACCGGCUCCUCAAGACUCCACACAAGCUUGAUGACUGUACGCUGCAGCUCUCCCACAAUGGCACCUAUCUGGAUCUGGAGUCCUCUCUGGCCGAGCAAAAGGACGAGCUGGAGGGCUUUCUGCAGGAUGACACAGGGUCCAGAGGGAAGAAGCACAGUGUUAUUCUACGAACCCAGCUGACCGUCCGUGUGCACGCCUGCAUCGAAAGGCUGUAUAUUUCCAAUGGACGUGACUUGAGAAGGGCACUGUUCUCUCUCAAGCAAAUUUUUCAGGAUGACAAAGAUCUGGUCCAUGAGUUUGUGAUGGCUGAAGGUCUGACGUGUCUCAUCAAGGUGGGAGCAGAAGCUGACCAGAACUACCAGAACUACAUAUUAAGAGCUCUGGGGCAGAUCAUGCUGUAUGUAGAUGGGAUGAACGGUGUCAUUGGGCAUGCUCAGACAAUCCAGUGGCUGUACACUCUUGUUGGCUCAAAGUUCCGGCUGGUGGUGAAAACAACUCUGAAGCUAUUGUUAGUGUUUGUUGAGUACUCCGAGUCCAACGCCCCACUGCUGAUAGAAGCCAUCACCUCUGUGGACACCAAGAGAGGAUGCAAGGCGUGGUCCAAUACUAUGGAGAUUUUGCAUGAGAAGGACGGAGUGGACACAGAGCUGCUGGUCUACGCCAUGACCCUCAUUAAUAAGACACUUGCAACACUGCCUGAUCAGGACUCAUUUUACGACAUGGUCGAUGGUCUGGAGGAACAAGGCAUGGACACAGUGUCCCAAAGACAUCUGGGGCGGAAAGGCACAGAUCUGGACUUGGUUGAGCAGCUCAACAUCUAUGAGAUGACCCUACGGCAUGAAGAUGGCGACGAUGACACCCAGCCUCCGCCAAUGGGACGCCGGGACCGCCGACGAGUCAGCCUUGGGGGCGGUGACAAAAAGUGUGGCCUAGAGAGAAGGCGGAGCCGCAGGGCCUCUCUUGGGCGAACCGGUCAGGCCUCCCCCUGCAGCCCGUCCCCGCAGAGAGCCGGCUUCCAGCCUUUCAAUGGACAGAGAGCUGAGGACACGAGCGGGAGAGCACUGUCAGGUUUCCUUCCAUCCAUUGUGGUGAUUUCCAUUUGCAUGCUUGUCUUAUGUAUCGCAUCAUCUCUCCCUCAAUCCUCCCCUCCCACCCAACCAUCCAUUCAUCCUUCCCCACCCUGCCUCUACUACAGAGAGGAAGAAUGUGAGGAUGGGAUAGAGGAGGAGGAGGAGGAGGAGGAGGAAGAGGAGACUCCAGUGACUGAGUCUGAUUCAGAUGAGCAGGAGGGGGCUGAUACAGUGUCUAAACUGACCACCCUCAGCCCGGCCAGGCACCUUCCAACCAUAGGUCACCGAACAUCCGUCCAGUCCAUCACCAUCACUUCCAGAAAGGAGAAUAUAAAAGAGGAGGAGCAGAGGAAUCGGACUGAACCACCUCCAGCGCCCACCCACCACUCCCCAUCUACUCCCACCUUCUCUCCCUCAGUCUCCUCCCCUCUCAGCCCCCCAGCACAACCCUCCUUUCUGUCCAGCCUGCUGGCCAGGAAGAGGUCCAUCGUCACCGUACCGGCUACCAAGGAGGUCACCCCGCCAUCACGCGGCAGCUCCCGUCCCACCCCCGAAUGCCUGCCUUACAUGCCCCACUCACCCUUCCACCUGUUCUCCUACGACCUCCAUGAGGAGCCGUCACCCCCGGCUCCGCCCAAACCCAGCGAGGAGUCACCCAAAACGACGUCUCCCAGGAAUGGAAGUCUCACGUCCUACUCCUCCCUCAGCUCCCCAAGUACGCCCACCAGCUCCAGGCCUGCUUUGGGAGGUCUCGUCUCCUCCUCUUACCGACAACACCAGGAAUCUCUGGCGGCCGAGCGGGAGCGCCGCCGCGGGGAGAGAGAGGAGAGACUGCAGCGGAUAGAGAGAGAGGAGAGGAACAAGCACAGCCGCGGCUAUGUGGAUAAAAUGGAAGAGGCCAGGCUUGCGCGGGAGGAGAGGUAUAAGAACGUAGAGCGUCUGGCGUCGGAGGAGUACGAGAGGGAGCACGUACGGGUAUCGAGGACUCGCCCUGACCUCAACCUCACCUUUGAACCGGCGGAGGCCUGGCCCUCGUCAUCGCGCAGCAGCACCCCGUCCUCCUUCGCCUCCCAGGAGGACGCAGAGGCUGACCUCGAAGCCGAGACCCCCGCCACCCCCUACACGCCCUCUGAGACUGCAGAGGCUGAUGACUCCAGUGCCAGUGUAGAACCAGAGGAAAAAGAAGCCACUGCUGAAGAGGAGGACGAACGGAAAGAGGAGGAAGUACAGGAGGAAGCAGCAACAGAAAAGGAGGAGGAAGGCGAAGAGUUUGAGCAGGAACCGGAGAAGGAGAAGGAGAAAGAGGAGGCGGUGGAGGAGGCGGAGGAGGAGGAGGAUAGCGGCAUCCUAAGCGACAAAGAACGCCAGAAUGAGGAAGUGAAUGAGAAGGACAACUGCUCGGCCUCCAGCAUCUCAUCGGCCAGCAGCACUUUGGAGAGAGAGGAGAGGGGGGGCAAUGACAAUGGCUUUAAGGAGCCAGAGGUGAACGAGCAGUGCAGCAAACUCCUCAACAGCAAGCUCUUCAUGCUGAACAUGCUGUACUCCCAGAACAAGAAGCCUAGUGAUGAGGAGGAGGAAGAAGAGGAUGUGGAGAAGGAGAAAGAGAAGGAGAAAGGAGAGGGGGAGGAGGACAAAGAAACUCAGGAGGAGGCCGAUGUGCAACAGGGCGACGACCAGGAGAGCGACCACAAGGCUGACAUAUCAGACCUCCACAGGACCAUCCGACCGUUCGCCGAGCGGUUUGGAGAGUUGAUCAAGGACCUCGGUUCGACUCCCCCUCACCUGGAUGUCCCGGCCACUGAGCCCCCUCCUCCCCCUCCUCCCCCACCCAAAAAGGAAUCGGACACGAUCUGGGACCAGCUGCUGGCCAGCCCUCGAGAGCUGCGCAUCGGGGACAUCAACUUCACCGACCUGACGGAGGAAGAUGACAAAGACAUUCUGGACGCUGUUUUGAUGGGAGGAUGCAGUGACCACCCGCCCCCGCCGCCCCCUCCUCCCUGCCUCCCCUGCCUCCCCCGCUUCCCUCCACCCCCACCCAUGCUAGGCAGCUGCCCCCCACCCCCUCCCUUGAUUGGGAUGAUGCCGCCUCCUCAGCCCCCUUCCUUUAGCGCCCUAAUUCCAGUGCCUCCUCCCCCGGAGCCGCCACUCUUCAAUAAGAAGAAGAAGACGAUCAGGCUCUUCUGGAGCGAGGUGCGUCCGACAGAUUCUCAGUACCAGGACUACAAGCGGAGGGGAGACACAUUCUGGUCCAAACUAGAACCAGUGAAAAUUGACACGGCCAAACUGGAACACCUGUUUGAGUCUAAAUCAAAGGAAAUACCAGUUACAAAGAAAACAGCAGCAGACGGCAAGCGUCAGGAGAUCAUUGUUUUGGAUUCCAAGAGGAGCAACGCCAUCAACAUCGGUCUGACGGUGCUGCCUCCUCCUCGCACAAUCAAGACGGCCAUCCUCAACUUUGACGAGUACGCGCUCAACAAGGAGGGCAUAGAGAAAAUCCUGACGAUGAUCCCCACGGAGGAGGAGAAGCAGAAGAUCCAGGAGGCCCAGCUGGCCAACCCUGAUGUCCCGCUGGGUUCAGCAGAGCAGUUCCUCCUCACUCUAUCCUCCAUCAGCGAGCUCUCUGCUAGACUCCAACUCUGGGCCUUCAAGAUGGACUACGAGGCAACCCAGAAGGAAGUGGCUGAGCCGCUGCAGGAUCUGAAAGAGGGCAUGGAACAGCUGGAGAAGAACAAGACUCUCCGCUACAUCCUCUCCACACUGCUCUCUAUGGGAAACUUUCUCAAUGGCGCCAAUGCGAAAGGCUUCGAGUUGACGUACUUGGAGAAGGUUCCAGAGGUGAAGGACACGGUUCAUAAGCAGUCUCUGCUGCAUCACGCCUGCUCUGUGGUGGUGGAGAACUUCCCUCAGAGCACCGACCUCUACUCCGAGAUCGGAGCCAUCACACGAUCUGCAAAAGUGGAUUUUGACCAGCUGCAGGAGAACCUGUGUCAGAUGGAGCGGCGCUGCAAAGCCUCAUGGGACCACCUGAAGGUGAUCGCCAAGCAUGAGAUGAAGCCCCAGCUGAAGCAGAAGAUGUCUGACUUCCUCAAAGACUGCGCUGAGAGGAUUAUCAUCCUCAAGAUUGUUCACCGCAGGAUCAUCAACAGGUUCCAUUCAUUCCUGUUGUUCCUCGGUCAUCCGGCCUACAGCGUGAGAGACGUCAGCGUCCACAGGUUUAGUAAAAUCCUCAGCGAGUUUGCGCUGGAGUACCGAACCACCCGAGACCGCGUGCUGCAGCAGAAACAGAAACGAGCCGACCACCGCGAGCGCAACAAGACCCGAGGAAAGAUGAUCAUCGACGUCAACGCCCCUUCUGAUGAUGAAGAGGAGAGUGAGUGUGGUCGGAACGGCUCCGGCAGCAGUAACAGUGCCCCAAGUGGCAGCCAGGAGGUGGAGCAUCCUCAGGGUAUGGGCCACACUGAGGACGUUGCAGAGCACGAGCACAUGAAAGCCGUGCUGAGAACCAGCCUCAGUGGAGGUGACAAGGAGGCCAGCGGGGUGCCGGGGCUUCGCACACGGACCAGAUCCCGGCCCGGGCGGGGAGGUCGCAGUAUGCCGGCAUGGACUCCACCUGCGGAGGACACUCAGAUCUGUGGAGACGACUCUGCAGACGAGAUUAUGGAACGUAUAGUGAGGUCGGCCACUCAGGGUCCAGGAACCAGAGCCCAGCCCAGAGAGAGGAGGAGGUCCAGGGCCAACCGCAAGUCAUUGAGGCGGACUCUGAAGAACGGCCUGACCCCAGAGGAAGCUCUUGCUCUGGGACUUUCCGAUUCUCCGGAUCCACCAAUGUAAUCAUCCAAUCAUCGAAGCGCCAUCUCUGUCUGCCUUUGUAUUUCACCGGUCACAAACCCCUUUAGGUUUUUGCCAGCUGCUAAUUUUGUUUGCCUGAUGUGUCUGAGUGAUAAAGCUGCAGCCAUAAUUUUUUUUUCUUUUGUAAUGCAACUCAAAGAAAUAUAUAUUCCCGAAGAAAAACUGGAAGGGAAGAAGGAGAA